AUGGCUCCUCGAAACCGAGUGAAUUUUAAGAACUAUGAGAGUAGCACUCGUCUGCUAGCUGCUGUGGUCGCAUCCCUUGAGGGCAAGGCCAAACUCGACUACGAUGUGGGCGGAGGCUCCACGGAAUCCGCUGUGGAACACCGCAUGCGUCCGAUUAAGCAGCUGGGCAAGUUGCAAGUCGACUGGUUUAUGAAUAAAAGAAAGGACCCGGGCGAGUUGCCUGCCGAGGGUGGAGAAAUCCAGAAGCUCUUCGGCGAGUCUACUGUCGCUGGCAUACAGUGGCAGAUGCGUGAUGUGAAAGCUCUGGGUCGCGCACAGCGACAAGCCGUCGAGGAAGGUCAAAAUCCCUGGGAUGUCAAGCUCGACGCUCCUACACGCGCCAAGGCUUCCGUCGCGUCAACACCUACGAGCAGGGGCGGCCGCACCCCUUCCACCGCGGCCUCUUCGAAGCGCAAACGCGGCCCUAAGAAAGUGACCAUGUCCGAGGAUGAUGCUAGCCUUGACAGCACUGGGACCGACUACGAGGCAAAGGAUGUCCGCUCAGAUGACGACGAUAUCGUUCAGAUCACGCCUACACCUAAACGCCGCAACACCCAAGGUCCCAAUAGCACUAACGCGAACAACACUGCCACACCUGUGCCCACUAAGAACAACAACAGCGGUGGCAGCGGUGGCAAAGAUGUCACACGUUCCCUCUUCGGUAACGGUGCCAAGUCAGCGCGCGCCAACAACAACGAUGACCAGGUCCAGUUCGUCGAUCUGAGCGAGGACACACCCCCGCCCCCACCCAGAACGGAUACGCGUGCAACUCAAGUGAAGGCUGACCCAGAUUCACACCUGGUAUCAGAGGAGAAUAGUCCUAUUAGACAGGGCCACGACGACCCUUUUAUUGGUAGCAGCGGCAUAUUUGACGAUGACGAGCUUGCGGAUGGAGAGGUCUAA